AUGUCUUUUAUUCAACUUCUUCAAAGGUCCUACAAAGCGAUCUUCAAUCCACCUGAUCGGGGAUCGAAAGAAAAUGCGGUCCGUUUUGGACUGCUUGGUGCAUCCACCAUCGCCCCAAUUGCUCUGAUUGGACCAGCAAAGUCGCACCCUGAAGCAAUCGUUGUUGCAGUUGCAGCCCGGGAUCGUGGACGCGCAGAAGAAUAUGCUAAAAAGCAUCAGAUCCCAAUCAUUCACGAUUCGUAUCAAGAUCUACUGAACGAUCAGUCAAUUAACGCCGUCUACAUUGCCUUACCGAAUGGUUUGCACUAUGAGUGGGCACUUCGCUGUCUGCAGGCUGGGAAACAUGUGCUACUUGAGAAGCCAGCCACCUCCAAUGCAAUCGAUGCGGAAAAUUUAUUCCAGCAUCCCUUAGCGACAGCUGUCAACGCUCCAAUUAUUCAAGAAGCCUUUCACUACCAAUUCCAUCCUGCGUGGCAGGCAUUUUUGAGUGAGGUUCGUCGAGCUGGGUCGUUGAAGGCCGUUCAUUGUACGCAGACUAUUCCCCGGGGCGCGCUCGCACCCGACGACAUUCGAUUCCAGUUCGAACUCGGUGGUGGUUGUUUGAUGGACGUGGGAACAUACGCCUUGUCCGCCGUCCGACAGGUUCUAAACCGAGUGUCAGUUGAAGUUGUGGAUGUCACGUACCGAGUACUGGAGAAUACAAAAGAAGGCGAGCUAUCGGAAGGGCAAGUUGAUCAAUAUAUCGCAGCUUCGCUUCGGACGAGAGAUGGAAAGAUUGCAACUAUCGCUGCAGAUAUAUCGAGCUCGUUUGAGUGGCCUUCUUUCCUACCAAAGGCCUGGAGGCUCAAUAUUCCGAGCCCCACGAUGCCGAUGUGUCAAGCCAUUCUGGAAGAAGUCUCUGUUGAUGCAUUGCCAGAAUAUGACGAUGCUGAGCAUCUGAUACAGAGGACUGUGACAAUAUGGAACUACAUAGUACCUGUUGUCUGGCAUCGAAUUGACAUCUCUGAGAGACAUAGGAUAGUGAAGGAAGGAAGGGACGUGAAAGUCUGGAAGGACACCCGCUACCUGAAAGCUUACAAUUGGCUUGAAAAUGAGGAGUUGGCAGAAGUGUACGAGGAUUGGUGGACUACCUGGCGUUGUCAGUUGGAAGAAUUCAUUCACCUCGUCAAAGGACGAAGGGGCUCCGGAAUUCGGGUUGACGCACAAGAGAGCAUUGCCCAAAUGACAGUCAUUGACGACAUUUACAGGAAGACUGGCUUGAAGAUCAGGCCUUCUAGCUCCUACAAACUACCCUGUACAUAG